AUGUCUGCCUUAAUCGAUUUGACCGUUACAGUUCCCUUGCUUUGGCUGGGGAUACUAGGUGCUGCAACCGUGCUGGUUUACCAAAAAUGGUUCGGUUCAACGUUGGAUAUUCCUCGAAUUGGACCAAAGCCAACACUGCUGGGCAACACGUCCAAAGGGGAAUUCUACCAGAGGAGCGUUGAAAUGGUCAAUGAGGGAUAUGCCAAGUACAUUGUCGAGUUCAAUAAAGUGCCUCGCAGUCAUCUCAAAUUGACGGCGACUGUGCGCCAUUCUGGCAAGUAUACCGGAAUGGACAUUGCAGAUGAAGGCAUGCUUGGAUACGAUGUUUGUGCUGGUCCAUUGUCGCAGAAUAUUGGUUGUCUGGUACAGCCAGUCUAUGAUGAAGUUCUGUAUGCACUCCAAGGAAAGGUCGAUGCGGCAAAAGAAGUCAAUGAACUCGUCACGGCCUCGACUGCCCGCAUGUUUGUCGGACCUGAUCUGCGCAGAGAUCCAGAAUGGCUGUCGACAGUCAGUGGCUGCACAGUCGACGUUGGCGCAGUGGCAAGCGACCUGCAGAAACACUACAAGUUUCUGCACCCCAUCAUUGCUCCUCGGCUUGAGUCGCACAAGCAGCGUCAACGGCGAUUCGACAAGAUCUGCAAGAUCCUUAUCCCGAUAUUCGAGCAGCGUCGAAAUAUGGAUAGCAAGGCCCAUGCCGAUAUGAUUCAGUGGCUGAUCGAUAUGGCCAAGGGUCCUGAUACUGAUAGUGGUCGCCUCGUCCGGAGGAUGCCGUUUCUGAACAUGGCUGCUAUCCAUACGACGACACAUACCACGGUGAAUAUUAUUUUGGAUCUGUGCCAUCGACCAGAGUCCAUCCAGCCACUGCGGGAGGAGAUCAUUGAGAUCAUGAGAGCGUACGGUGGCGUCAAAGUUUCUACUCUGGCGAGUUUGAAGAAGCUGGAUAGUUUCAUGAAGGAGAGUCAGCGUCUGGACCCGAUGGAUUUGGUGAUCUUCAAUCGACAAAUCACCAAGCCGGUGACUCUAUCCAACAACAUCACCAUUCUCCGAAAGACCUUUAUUUCCAUGCCCAUCUAUCCCAUGUACAAAGAUCCCGAACGGUAUCCCGAACCCGAGACCUUUGACGGAUACCGAUUCUACAAGCUGCGUCAGGCCAAAGAACAAGCCCGGUAUCAGUUUGCUGCAUCUGACAAAGAUGGACCGGGAUGGGGAUUUGGCAAAUUCGCCUGUCAAUAG